AAUGACUCAAAUGACAUAAAAAUAAUGAGUUUGAGGUUAGGUUAAAUGUUAACUUUUAUAAAAACUACAAACAGUGAAAAUACAUUAUGACUAACAAAAAAAAGGCAAAUGGUAGUUCAACAGAAUCAAGUUCAGGUUCUUCAUCGGGAUCGUCAAGUUCCAGUUCUUCCUCGGGUGCCUCAGGUACGUCUUCUUCUAGUGACAGUGAUACUUCAACGUCUCGGGACUCGACCAAACAACAUUCAGGAUCAGAAAUUGCAAAAAAGGACGGUCCCAUACUAAAGAAAUCCCGUAAAAGUAUUGAAAAUAAAACAUCAGCCAAUAAGCCUCCAGAGAAAACAUCAAUUAAAACGAAGUCACAAACAUCUAAGCCUGCAAAACUACAGAUUAAGGAAUCUGCAUACACAACUGAUGAAGAAGAUGUGAAAAAGAAUAUAAAACGAAAGAGCAAUGUUAAACCUAAAAGUAAUGCUACCAUUACACCUAGGUCUAAUCCAAAUGCUCCGAAAAAUGUUUCUAACACAAAACCAGUGGGAAAAUCUGUAAAUACUAAAGGGUUGCAGAAAGGCAAAGAUGCCCCCAAACCAAGAGUUCAGAAAGCAUCAUCUGCCAAAACUAUUGACCCUAAAAAGAAAAGCAUUUUUUCCCCUGAUAAUAGCUCCGAAUCUGAUUCCCCAAAGGGAGUAAAAUGUCAGAGUAAAGGAAACAAAAAAAAACUGAAACCAGAGCCAAGAGCAAAAGCAGCUGCUAGAGCUGUGGAGAAAUCUAAAUCUGAAAAAAAGAUAGAAAAAACUCCAUCCAAAUCGAAACCAGCACCUGAAACAUCAGCUAGUUCUGGGACAACAUCAGUAAGCUCAAGUAGUGGUUCAGAAUCUGAGAGUAGUGUUGAAUCUGCAGAAAACAGCAGAAGAAUAGCUAAAAAGCCAGUAAAGAAACCAUCAGUUGUGCAAAAAGAAGCCCUUGCCAAUAGUGAUUCUGAGAUUGAAACUUCAGAUAAGUCUAAACAAGUAACACGAAAACUAACGAGAUCUGCGAAUACAAGGAAAUCCAAACAUGUGUUAGGCAAAAAUGUAUACUCAGACACCGAUUCAGAUACUGAGAGCACAAAACGUUCUUUGUCUCAGUCACCUGUGAAAAAAGCACCAAUAGUCACCAAAGGUAAAACAAAAAAUAUAAAAAGAGAAGAUACUAAAAAUAAAAAUAGUGAAUCUAUUAUUUUAGAGCAACGAUGCUGUCCUCUUGAAGGUUGUGACAGCAUUGGUCACUUGAGUGGAAAAUCUGAAAAACACUUCACCCUUGAGGCUUGUCCUACUUAUCACAAUAAAACUUUGGAAAUGUGCAGGCAUGAGUUAGAAGAACGGCAGAAAAGGGAGGAAGUUCGUAAGAAGGCUUUAGAGUUUCAUAGGAAGACUCCUAGACCUCAGGUUACUCCUGAACAAAAACAAUUCUUGCAAAAGAUUAGAGAUAUAAGGCUCAAGUGUAAAAUCGAACCUACUGAAAAUAAACCUUUGGUGGAUAAGACUCGUGAACCAGAUUUGAAAAACUUUGUUUUGGAUUAUGAUCUAAAAUUGUUUCAGGAUGCGCAAGCGUUGGCAAGUGAAAAAAUUGAGGAGGAUCUUAAGAACCUUCCCAGUACAAAGGGAACCAAAUACAUAGAGAUGGGCAAAUUUGAGAUGGAAGUGUGGUAUCAGAGUCCAUAUCCUGAAGAUUAUGCUCGCCUUCCAAAACUCUAUAUCUGUGAAUACUGCUUGCGUUAUAUGAAAUCGCAGACUAUACUUGAAAGACAUGUGGUCAAAUGUGUCUGGCGCCAUCCACCUGGUGAAGAAGUGUACCGUAAAGAUAAAAUUAGUGUGUGGGAAGUAGAUGGCAAAAGAUAUAAGCAGUAUUGCCAGAACUUGUGUUUACUAGCCAAAUUCUUUCUGGAUCAUAAGACUCUAUAUUAUGAUGUGGAACCAUUUCUGUUUUAUGUGAUGACUUUGGUUGACAAUGAAGGUUGUCAUACUGUAGGUUACUUUAGCAAAGAGAAAAAUUCUUUACUGAAUUAUAAUGUAUCCUGUAUACUUACUCUACCACCUUAUCAGCGACAAGGUUAUGGAAGAUUACUCAUAGACUUCAGUUACCUUUUGACUCGUGAAGAAGGUAAGAUUGGCUCUCCUGAAAAACCACUCAGUGAUCUUGGUCUCAUUUCUUACCGGUCCUAUUGGAAAGACGUUCUAUUGGGUUACCUGUGCUCUAGAGCAGGUGCUCAGCUGUCCGUUAAAGAUAUCAGUCAAGAAAUGGCAAUACAUUCAUAUGAUAUUGUCUCAACGUUACAAGCACUAGGUAUGAUGAAAUAUUGGAAAGGAAAGCACAUUAUACUGAAGAAACAGGAUGUGCUUGACGAAUACGUAGAAAGAGCAAAGAAACGUGUCUCUCAUUUGAAAGAAGUAGAUCCCAGUUGUCUGAGGUGGGUACCUCCACAGCCUGCUUCGCCAGUCUGAAAAAUAGUAUUUAUCAAUUAGUUACUACCCUGUAAUUAUAUUGUGAAAUCAAAGAAGUGAAAAAUGAAUACAAAUAACGAAUGGCAAAAUCACCUUAGCUAGAAAUCAUAAAAUUGAUCAGGCUUAAAAAUAUUGACAUGUUCAUUUUAGCUUUCAGAUUAAUUUUAUUGAAUGUAAAUAGUAAGUAUGUAUACUAUGUAUAUUGAAUUAAUAUAUUGUAACAUUAUUGAUGA